AUGGCCUCCUCGGGGUCAUUGGACUCCGUCACAUCAUGUGGCCGGACUGCAGGUGCUGGGGCCCCUAAGAGCCUGGCCUUCUCUAUAGACCGGAUUAUGUCCAAGAGCGCGGAGCCUCGACCUGCGGAGGAUGGCCGCCCGCUGCUCGGACUCUGCGCUCCCAUCCCGUGCAUGAUCCCACUGCCACCACUGGGCUACGAGCUUCAUUCCUGUCGCCUCAUGAACUACUCCGAGCUCUGGCGGGCCAGCGUCAGGGGCGCGCUCUGUGGCAAGACCAACUGCAGCGCGUGUGCCAAACCGGACUCCAGUCUGAAACAGCCGCUGCUUUCAUCCAGCCGCGUGGUCAAACCGCAGGUGCUGCACCAGGCCGUGGCCGUGCCUGGCUCUCUCUACUACCUUAAUUACCUGGAGUCUGCGUACCCGCAGCACGAGCUUUUAGCCGGGCCCUGGUCACAGGCCUCUUUGGCUGCGCACCAAAGGUUACUGCUGCGUGACAGCGCCAAACUUUCUACGGACAAAUUGCCAACACCACAAUACCCGCAUAAGGAGCAUCUCCCCGGACAGUUGGACCAGAUAGUCAAGGACCACAGUCUGAGCGCGGACAAGACCACCAACAAGACGCACAGCAAAGUAAACAACACCAGCGCCGAUGGGAAGCCCAAGAAUUUCACUUGUGAAGUGUGUGGCAAGGUCUUCAACGCGCACUACAACCUGACCAGACACAUGCCCGUGCACACGGGCGCGCGGCCUUUCGUCUGUAAAGUGUGCGGGAAGGGCUUCCGUCAGGCCAGCACUCUGUGCAGGCACAAGAUCAUCCACACACAGGAGAAGCCUCACAAGUGUAACCAGUGCGGGAAGGCGUUCAACAGGAGCUCCACGCUCAACACGCACGUGCGCAUCCACGCUGGAUACAAGCCCUUCGUCUGCGAGUUCUGCGGCAAAGGCUUCCACCAAAAAGGGAACUACAAGAACCACAAGCUGACGCACAGCGGGGAGAAGCAGUACAAGUGCUCCAUCUGUAACAAGGCCUUCCACCAGAUCUACAACCUGACCUUCCACAUGCACACGCACAAUGACAAGAAGCCCUUCACCUGCUCCACCUGCGGAAAGGGCUUCUGCCGCAACUUUGACCUCAAGAAACACAUACGCAAACUCCAUGACAACAGCUACUCGGUGAACACGGAGGGUGCCCGGGACCUGCCCAGUUGA